AUGGGACUGAGGUGCGGGAUGAGGACCACCAAGUGCCAGCUACUGGUGACCAGCUUCUGUGUCAUGCUGCUGGGGUUGUCCAUCGCCGCGCUGAGCACAGUCACCCACUACGGGCUCCACUUCACCCUCAUCAGUGACAUCUCCCUGGAAAGCAAUGCCUACAGGGUCAUCCACCACACAGCUUUCUACUUUGGGAUUUGCCUCAGCAUGACCCUGAUCCUGGCAGCCCUGCUGAGCUCCGCCGCCACGGUGCGGGAAUCGCAGUGCCUGACCGCCAUGGGAUUUUUCUGUUUUGCUCUGGCCUUCUGCGGAUUGAUCCCAGCUGCCUGCUGGAGAUACACGCACAGCACGGAGGUGGAAGACAGCAUGAUGGAUGUGUACGAUCUUGUGUACGAGGAGGUGAGGAGGAACACCUCCAGCUUCAGGAGGCACGAGCUGACUGCCAUCCACGAAGCCUUCCUGUGCUGUGGGAAGCGCUCUCCAUUUGGGGACACGACCGAUGUCGAGCACAAGACGUGUCCAUCUGGCCGCGUGCACGAUGAGGGACAG